ACAGCAUUACCACGUGGCUAAAGUGUUAGAAAAACCAAGCACCCUCACGAACAUCACCUGUCGCCUAGGUGAGCCGGGCUGCUAACGAUGACAAGAACUUGGCGUUAGUGGCCCAGUCCUUCCAAUCGCCUCGAAGGCUACAGGCUGAAACAGUUCACUACCAGGUCCUGGAACAAGCAUAUGAUUUUUUUUUGUUUUUAAACGAGACAGUUAUGUCCCUUCGUAUAAUUAACAAAUUUACAAAUCGUUUAAGUAUCGGAGAGCAUGUUUUCCAGUAUUUGUUUCUCUUCUCUCUGGUUGAUGGUCGUACAGCAACCAACAUGACAUGAAGGUUAUUUUCAACAUCUUCAUAGGAAAACUUUAAUAAACCAAAGUGGACAACUAUCACUGUCAACAAGGUUCAUAAAUAAAGAACAACCAUACAAGAUGUUCCCACGCGCUUGAUUUGAUUAUCAGAUGACCUCAGCAUCACAGGAAUUUUAUAUAAACUACAUCAUUAGUAUUGAACAUCUUACUUAUAACACGUAUAACCGUGUUUCUAUAAAUAUAUACUGAAUUACUGCAAAAUAUAUCUUCUGAACUCUGACAUAUAUGUAGCAAAAUUUCUCUUCUUUAUUGUCUGGAAUGCACAGAAAAUUAUAUUUGUAUUUGAAUUAAUCCUUUAACAUUUGAACUGGGCAUGCCAUUCCCAAAUAUUCUGCAUAUUCUAUGUUAAAAUUGGCCGCAUCUGGCAUCUUAAACUCACCCUGCAAUGUCAUAUAAACAUAAAGAAUCACAUUGUUGAAAUCUUAAAGCAAUAAGAUAAUGAAUGAUUAAUUCGGAAGAAUUUGAAUAAAUAAGCAUUACAUUUGACAGUAAUCUGAAUGUUAAUGAGUUAAAGCAAUUAAGAAGGCAGUUUGCAGCAUCUUCAGAUAUUAACAAAGAUCACUUUUGAUGGAGAUAUAUCAGUAGAAAUAUUUCUGAAGAGCAAUACACGAGAAGAAGGAAAACAUUUGUGUACUGUGACGAGAGAAAGGAAAAUUAUGGAAAAUGAAUUGUAUUGGAGUGAAGUUGAAUGUAAAAGAGAGUCUGAAGAAAUUGAUUUUUCUAAUGAGGAGAAGAAUGAACAGGGCAAAAUAUCAUAUCAUUGUGAUACCUGUGGUAAAUCCUUCUCUGUCACUAGUAACUUAACUAGGCACAAACGACGCAUUCAUACAGGAGAGAAGCCAUAUCAUUGUGAUAUCUGUGGUAAAUCAUUUUCUCAAAAUGGUCACUUGACUGUUCACAAAUGCAUUCAUUCAGGAAAGAAGCCAUAUCAUUGUGAUAUCUGUGGUAAAUCAUUUUCUCAAAAUAGUCAACUGACUAGGCACAAACGCAUUCAUACAGGAGAGAAACCAUAUCGGUGUGAUAUCUGUGGUAAAUCCUUCUCUGGAAGUGGGAACUUAACCAUGCACAAACGUACACAUACAGGUGAGAAGCCAUAUCAUUGUGAUAUCUGUGGUAAAUCUUUCUCUGGAAGUGGGUACUUAACCAUACACAAACGUACACAUACAGGUGAGAAGCCAUAUCAUUGUGAUAUCUGUGGUAAAUCUUUCUCUAGAAGUAAUCAUGUAACUGCUCACCAGCGUAUUCAUACAGGAGCGGGACCAUAUCAUUGUGAUAUUUGUUGUGAGUCAUUUUCUCAAAAUAGUUACCUGACUAGGCACAGACGCAUUCAUACAAAAGAAGUCACAUCACUGUAAUACCUGUGGUAAAUCAUUUUCCAAAAACAGCACUUUGUCUAGUCUCAAACGUUUUCAUACAUGAGAGAAGCCAUAUCAUUGUGAUAUUUGUGGUGAAUCGUUUGCUUAUAGAAGCAGCGUAACUACUUCCUUAAACCUUCAUGAGAGACAAACCAUACCAGUCAUCUGUCAUCAUUGUUCUCCAUGUCCACAUUUGCCAAUCUCUCAUUGGUGAGAUGAAAUUUAUUGAUGUGAAUUUUUACUGUCCAGAUGCCCUUCCUGUUGCCAACCUUCACCUGUUUCAAACUAAAAUAUUUUCCAGUGACCUGACAUGUUUUUGUGGCAGAUUGGCGAUGGACAUUGCUUGCAUGGCAGUGACACCCACAACUAUCACACAGUCUCAAACCAAGGAUAUAAUAACACACACAUUCAUAAGCCCCUCACACUUCUAUGAAACAUCCCCCUCUAUCCUCUGCACCACUAAUAUUCCCCCACCACCACUACCUUUUGUGUAUGUCCUCAUACAUCUGCAACACCAUCCAUUUCUCUAUAUAUACUCUUUACUCUUUUACUUGUUUCAGUCAUUUGACUACGGCCAUGCUGGAGCACCGCCUUCAGUCGAGCAAAUCGACGCCGGGACUUAUUCUUUUGU